CAAUGCGAUGCGGAAUGUAUAAAUUUUUCAGUAGUAGGCAAGGAGGUGCAGCGGAGGGUGUGAGCUGAGGUGUCUGUAUUCUUUCACUUCUUAAAGAAUGGCAGCGUGGAUGUGGCGCAGUUUUUCAUCUUGGUUUUGGAACCGAAGGGUGUGGCUGCCUCCGAACUACUCCUGGGAGGACCUGGUGCCCAAUGAGAAGGUCCACUAUGCCAACUGGAGUGACUUGUGGACAUAUCCUAUUGUCAUGGCGUUCAUUGCCAUUGCUCUCCGUUUCUUAGUGCUGAAUAAACUGGUAUACUCUCGCAUUGCAACAGCAGUGGGUUUAAGGGAUGUAAAGCCACGCCCAGUAGAACCCAAUGAGGUUCUGGAACAGCUGUUUAUUAAAUACAAGGCCAAGAUUCCUGAUGGCGAGGUGAGUGCCAGUGCUAGCCUCCUUGGGUGGUCAGAACGACAGGUGGAACGCUGGCUGAGGCUGAGGACAGCUCACACUCGAAUCAACAAAUUCACAAAGUUCAUGGAGUGUGCCUGGCAAUGCACAUACUACACAUUCAUUUUUGUUUAUGGCCUAUGGGUAAUGUCUGGCAAAUCAUGGUUAUGGGACAUCAGGUACUGCUGGUAUGAAUAUCCAAAUCACAGUGUGGACACAGAUGUGUGGUGGUACUAUAUGGUCUCCCUUUCCUUCUACUGGUCGAUGACCUUCACUCACUUCUUUGAGAUUCGACGUAAGGACUUCUGGCAAAUGUUUCAUCACUUGGUCACUAUUGCACUCAUCACAUUUUCCUGGACCUGCAACUUGACUCGCAUUGGUACGCUGGUCCUCAUUGUUCAUGACUGUGCAGAUAUCCCCCUUCAACUGGCCAAAAUGAGCAUUUACUCAGGCCACAAAGCAUUCUGUGAUGCUGUGUUUGCCACCUUUGCUGUCUUGUGGAUUAUAACACGGGUUGGUAUCUAUCCACUGUGGAUUCUUAAUAGCACACUCUUUGAGGCUCCCACCAUUGUGCCCAUGUUCCCUGCUUACUAUAUUUUUAAUGGGCUACUUUGCACAUUGCUAGUAUUGCAUGUGUACUGGACUUACCUCAUUUUGCGUAUCAUUGCCACCACGCUCACUAAAGGCAAUGUUGAAGACAACCGAUCUUCCUCGGAUCCUUCAGACCACUCACUAGAGGGAGAAGAGAAUAAGAAGGAGAAUUAGAAAAGCUACUUGCACUUGUUUACCUCUCUCGUCUCGAGUGUCACAUUCUUGUUCGUAUUUUUUAUUUUAUUUUUUAAAUUUUUUCUUAUACUUAACUUUCUUUCUCCCCAUUCUCUUAAUGUUGUAUACAAGAAAAUACUAUUAUAUUUCAAAGGCAGUGUGUGUGUGUGUGUGUGUGUGUGUGUGUGUGUGUGUGUGUGUGUGUGUGUGUGUGUGUGUGUGUGUGUGUGUGUGUGUGUGUGUGUAUACACAUACUUAUAUGAAUGCUGGAAGUGCUUGUUAGUUUAUGAAUAUUUUGAAUGGUUUUUGUCAAAUUUUUUCUAAGUCAUAUAUGGAACUUGUCAGUUACAAUGGUGAUAUAUUGAGUGAAAAGUAAAGUGUUACUUAAGUCAUUGUUUCCACUGGCUAUCCAGCAGUUUGUUGGAAGCUGGAAACUGGAGUAUAUGUUAUCUAAAGGGAGCAACUUGCACAACACAGUGGGCCAACUUGAAGAUAUUUAUUUUUAUCUCAUUAGAGAUGACUAGUUGCCUGUGAAUGAUUCCCUGGUACUGUACCUCUCAGUGAUCAUUAGCAAUUACAUGUAAAAGAAAUAUUCUUAUAAUGAGGAUAAGAAAGGCUUCUAGGUUAGUAGUUGAGAUCUCAUACCAGACUGUAGGCUGUUGUGGCAGUGGGUAAAUAUAUAUUGUAGAACAUAUUUUUUGUCAAACUGAAUUUAUAUGGUCUGCAUUUGACAUACCAUAAAAAUAUUACUUUUGUCAACAUAUAACUGCAUUGCACUGUUUAUGAAGUGUAGUGAGUAUUGUGACUGCAUGAGAAUUACACUGAUUGUUGCUAAAGUGCCUUGUACAAUAUACUUACAUACCUGAGUUGUUACAUUGAAGCAGUGACAAAUUUGACACUAACAGAAAGCAACAUAAAAUGAUGGUAUUUAACAGCUUUGAUAGGUAUUGCAUUCUUACCCAAAAGAUUUUCAUCAUUGGCUGAGAAUUCAUACCUAAAAUGUUUUAUGCAAUAUUGUUGUGUUGUGUUUGUUGUUCCAUGAAGGAGAGGAAAGAGUGCAUAGUAUCUUUUUGCUAUGCAAGAAGAUUGUUUGCCUGAUAAGAAUAUGGAACAUGUCUUGUGAUUUGAUAGUAACAUCAGAUAAUGGUUGAACAUGUGUGCAAAUGUUAUUAACAAGACUUCCACACGAAUAUGCUAUACUUACCAUGUAAUUGUUUUUUGCCAUGUAUAACUAAAAGAUUGUUAUGCUUUCAUGCUAAAAAUUUUAGUAAGCCUAAUUUAUGCAUUGAAGAAGUUUUUAUAGAUUUGUAAACCACAAAAUUAUAUUUAUUUUCUGAAACAUUCAUCUUAUUUGGUCUUUGGAUGACAUGAAGUACAGAAUUACUCUUUAUUUACAGCUUGGCACCUUUUUGUCCAAACAAUUAAUAUUUGCAGAUUGAUUGAACUAUUCUUUGAUUACUUUUGUGCAAUUGCUUUAUAUAUCUAAUGUUGUGAGGAAUUGCAAUCUCCAUUAAGCUGGGAAUAGCAAUAUAAAUGUUAAUGUUCAAUUAUCAAAAAUGUUUUGCUGAAGAUAGUUUCAGAAAUAUACAGGUGAAGGUUCAAAUAGUACAUGUUUAGGUGAAACAUCAUUAUAUAAAACUUGACUCAUGAUAUAUUAAACAAUUUCUAACCUUGGUUUCUUUUGUAGUCAUGCAUAUUUGAUUCUUCAAAACCACUCGUUUUCAAUCUCUGUUCUACACACAAGAACUCCAGUCUUGGAUAGUAAUAUUUUAAUAGGAUCAUAUUGCAUGUUUUUUUGGAACCUAUGAUAUACUAGUUUGUACUGAUUUACACAUCAGUAAUUUCACUUAAUAGAUUUGAUUUACUGCUUGUAUAAGUUUUAGGCCUCUAAAUAAACAUUUCUGAUAGUUAUGUCAGGCUCUCUUCAGCUAUUGCUAACUAGUAGCUAGAUUAAUUUAUAAUUUCAUGCAACUAAACUUGUGUCAUUCAAAAUUAUUUUGAACAUUUUGCUUGUUUAUAUCAGUAUACCAGACUUAUGUCCCCACAUAUGCAAAUGUAGAAUAGCUAUAAAUUCAAAUGUCAACCAGUGUUAACUAGGAAACUUGAGAAUUUUAUCCAGUUUGAACUCUCUUGAAUAUAUUCUUCAAAAAUAUUUUCCCACAUUUUCCUAUUUAGUACACAUUCAUCAAUUAUAACCAUAUAACUAAGUAUGAUACCUGUUCCAAAGACCUACAAGAGAAUACUUGUAGCAAAUGUCCUCUCUCUCUCUCUCUCUCUCUCUCUCUCUCUCUCUCUCUCUCUCUCUCUCUCUCUCUCUCUCUCUCUCUCUCUCUCUCUCUCUCUCUCUCUCUCUCUCUCUCUCUCUCUCUCUCCAUUCUCUCAUUGCAUCCACAAAUCAUCUUAUUUUUCCUCCUCUUGUUCUCUUAUACCAUAACCCUGCUUUCCCUGCAGGUCUUUUUGCACAUACCGUGUGUUGCACUCUAAUACAUCCCUAGUUGUCUUGUUGCUUUCUUUCUUUGUGGCCAAACUUCAGACUGCUGUGCUUGAUCCCUUUAAUCAUUUCAUAUAUAGUUUCUUUUGACUGAAAGAAAAAAAGUCUGGUAUAUUUUAGUCUUAUUUAUUUAUUUAUUUUUUUUUUUCCUUUUCUCUUUUCUGAAAAUGUCUUUCAAGCAAUGUCUGUUCUUUGCUAUUUAUUCUUAAUUGCAGCAUUACCUGUUUGGCUAUUUUCUUCCUGAAACACUAAAGAAAUAAAAACAAAAAUUUGAAAUGUGAAUACAUUAUAUAGUUGAGGAGAGAUUAUUUGGAUUUUUGGGUAAAAAUGAUGAUAGCAUUGAAUAAUGGCUAAGAAUCUCUGAUUUAGUGUAAAGUAAUAGAAUUGUUAAAGAUUUGCGUAGAAGAAAACUUAUUAACUUAUGACAUACAGUUAUGUGUUAUUUUCCAGCAUCUUAGUUUGUAGCUGCUCCAUAAUAGGGAGUUUUCAAAACUAAUGAUUGCCACCAGGUGACAGUACAAUACAUGUCCCCUUCGCUCACACAAGGGUAAGAUAGAAUAUACCUACAGUGUCAUUCCAUAAACAUACAGAUGCAAUAAGUCAAUAUAAUAUGUUUUUCUACAUAAUUCCUUCUAAGUAAACUGUAUUCAUGAACAAAUGUAUACAAGUUGAAUUUCUAGUGAAUUGGCAUUGAGGCUUAUUUGGUCAUGUCCACAUUUCCAAAAGAGUACACCCUUGAUCUGGAGUGUAUUGAUCCAGUUGACUGUAAACAUGAAGACAUGUCUGUGUCACUAAAAAGUUCAGACCGAUCGGAUCAACUUCCUAGUAUAUGGAAACAACAAUUCUAAUUAAGAAUAGGUAACUUGAGUAUCCUGGCAAGAGUGUUGCUGUCUAACCUAACCUGGGCUAACCACCUGUUUAACUUAACAAACACAUUGUUGGACAUCCAGUUACUUCCUGCAGUAAUGUCCAUGCCACUAUGCCAUGAGGAAGAGGAAAGCUUUACAUACGUAUUCCUCUCCCCUCACUCCACAGUAGUCCUUGACUUAUGAAAGUGAUGAUAAAAACCCCACCAAAAUAACUAUAUCCAUAUAUCAAGAUGUUACUGAGUAUGCAAGGUCAUCCUAUAUAGUACAGUCAAAGUUUUUACCUUUUUCAUUGUCCAAAUCAAUAGAUUUUAGACCUGUAAUAUGCCAUAUUUAAGAUAUUGAUAGCAGUAUUGCAAGAUAAUCACAAAAAAUAUUUUUUUUGACCGACGUCUCCCAAAAAUAUCCAUACAGGAUAUUUAAAAGUAGAUAUAUAAUGUCAACAGUAUCAUAAUAAUUAAUAUUCUAUGCAUCUGUAUGUGCCUAGGAUUUAAUACAACAAUAUUUUAUUUCAUGUCAGUAGGGGACAUGUAGCAGCUGUGACAUCUGGUAGAUUUGUUAUGAAAACUCCCCAUUUCCCAUGAUUAGAUUUCCCUGUAAAAAUGACUUCAACAGUAUAAGAAUGUUGCUAACCUCUGCUACAUCCAGUUUUGUCACCAUGGCCCUUUGAUAUAGGAGGAUUUGUUUCUAGAAACUGAUCAAUACAAAGAAAAUGCAUUUCUUAUGGACAGUAGAAAUUUCAUUUGAAUUAAUUCAUUCAUAUACAUAGUAUUGUAUGAAACAUUUGUCUACUAUAUUCAUCAAAGCAGUUUCUAAAAUGAACUAGAAAAUGAGCUGUUGCAUUGUUGUGUUAGUGGUAAUCACAUGAGGCAUCCAUCACCAGUGUAGUAAACAGCUCUAUAUGAGGAUCAUGUGCUAUCCAUCUCACUUUACUUAAGGUCAGUUAGUUAAAUACUUGUUCUUUUGCACAGCAUAUUGGUUACAUUGGGUCUAAUAGUAUUGAAAUUAAUGACAAUGAGUACAGUGGAGACUCGGUACUUGAAUGUCUUAAUAGUCAAACUUUUCAAUACUUGAAAGCAAAAGUUUGAUUUAAUACUCAAAAAAUAUACUUGGUAGUCGAACGUCAACACACAUGGUUGUAAAUAAAGGCUCCCUGGCCUCUCCUUCCCCCCCUCUGCCAGUUGUGCUGUUGCAGUCAUCAGAUUAACAUUUUCCUGUGUUCUGUCUAGUUUUUCAUUUAGAAACUUGCAAUAGCACCAAAGGCUUAUUAUUUGUGAAAAUACCUGGUAAUCGAAUGGCUGCACACAUGGUUGUAAACAAAGCACUGUCCUCUCCCUUCCUGCCACCGCCAUUGUCCUGUUCUGAUACCGAUAAUACCGAAGCAAAAUACCAGUACAUAUUCCAGUAUACCGGAUCCCUAGGCCUGCAGUAGUGAGAAAAACAAUAUUCUGCUGUCUGGCUGUAGUUUUUCAUUUAGAAACUUAUAAUGGCACCAAAGAGGUUUAUUAUUGGUAAAACUAAGGAAUUGAGUGAGAGUGCAAGAGUUGAGAGCAACAGCCCUCCACUAAUGGAUUCACAGGAAUCACACCAGGAGAAAAGUUACCAAACAUUUUCAUGGAUGGUGACUCAUUCUCUGACGACCUCCCUCCUUCUCCCCACCUUUCUCCCCUCCUCUUCCAUGUUAUCAGUCACUAGCCUUCACUUAUGGUAUGUACAAAUAAAAAUAGUAAAAAAGUAUUACAUUGAAAUUUUUGUAAACUUAAUGUUUUGCUAAGAUUAGAACGAAUAACCUGAUUUAUAGGAAUCAGUAGUCAAACUUUUUUUGAUACUCGAACAGCCAUUUGGAAUGAAUUAAGUUUGAGUAUUGAGUCUCCACUGUAUAUGUAUAAUGUCAUGUGAAGUCUGUUUUCACUUAACUAACUUGGCUAACCAUCUACCUCCAUUAUCCUGAAUGUAUAGGGAUUUUUAUGGAUAUUUUGGAAAGAAAAAGUGUCUUGUAACAUGUCUAGUAUUUAGAUAAAUUUUUGGAUGACCCUAGGACCAACAACGAUUCUUUCCAUAGGAUCAAUGCUUCUGCUUGUGAAGUCAGAUUUUGUGCACUUUUUUGGAACCAUUUAAGCACAAAACUUGGUGCACUGCAGUGUGUUGAAUGACUCCAUGAUACUGUACUAGUGAAAUUCCUCAUUCUAGAGUAUUUUGUUACCUUUCUUAUUAUCAGUGAUUUAUUUUCAAUUAAAUGAGAAUAGUAGGUGUAGGUGUUUGGUGUCAUGGCUGCAUUGUAACAGUGUAUGAGGAUACUGUUUCUGAAAGUUGGCUGUUUUCUCUAAGCUUCUCCCCAAAACAUUGGUUAUUUUUUUUGGUUAGGAUGUGAAAAAAAUCUGAAAAAAAAAGAAAAAGAAAUAUUAAUAGAGUAAUUAAAAUGAGAAAUCACUGUAAAAGCUAGUAAAAGUGACAUAGGGUUGUGUCCUGUGCUAAAUGUAAUAGUGAAUUUACACUUAGCAAGUGACUACUCAUGCAAGGGACAGCAUGACCUUUACAUUUACAUUGAUCUGAUAGAAUAAACACUGAAAUUAUUUAAUUCAUAAAUAGUUUUUAGUGGUCAAGCAGGAAGUAAAGUAAUUGUAAUAUAUAAUGUAUCAGUUGAAUAAUUUUGUUGUGGCUAAUCAGCUAUAAAGAUGAAAGAGCAUGAAGGCCAUAUUUUCUCUGGGAGUGAUGCUACACAAUGCUUGCUGUGACAUAGAUGUCUACCUGCAGUGUUUGCUAUAUGAAUUUUCAUGUAGGAAUUAAUGUUAUUUUGCAAUUAUGGGUAUUUUGUGAGAUACCAUAGUCCUGCUCCUCCAACAAUGUGGAUUGGGUGCGGCUUGUUGGGGAAUUCCCGCUGUACAGUGGUGAAUCAUGUCUCAUAGCCAGUGAUGCAGCAGAGUUCUAAUAGUAGUAAAACUUUAGCAAAUAUGGUCAGCAAAUAUGCAUACGCAUUUAGCCUUAGUAUUACAACAUAUGAGAGAGCAGUAAACUUAUUAUUGAUAAUAUAUUCAUAAGCCUGGCAAGAAACGUGGCAUACAUAUUUUACAGUGUU